AUGAGGUCUUCUACUGUGUGCGUUUUACUGAGCCUGGCAGUGGCAGUUUACUGUGUGCCAGUAGCAGAAAUUACUUUGCAGGAUGAAAGCUUGGCAGAGAGCUAUCUGAAGACAUUCUUCAACCUAACAGAGGAAAAAGGUCCAGCAUCCAGGCAGGGGAUCAGUCCGGUGACCAAGAAGCUUUCUGAGAUGCAGAGAUUCUUUGGUCUCCAGAUCACUGGGACGUUGGACGCAGACACCAUCUCCAUGAUGAAGAAGCCCCGCUGUGGCGUUCCAGAUGGCAACAUCGCCCGUUUCUCCACGUUUGGAAGCAACCUCAAGUGGGAGAAAAACAGCCUUACCUACAGGAUUGAGAACUACACACCUGACAUGUCCAGGUCAGAGGUGGACAACUCCAUGGAGAAGGCCCUUCAGGUUUGGGCCAAAGUCACUCCCCUGAGAUUUACGAGAAUCUACAGUGGCACCGCGGACAUCUUGAUCUCUUUCGGCCGCCAAUCUCAUGGAGAUUAUUACCCCUUUGAUGGCCGGGAUGGCACUCUUGCUCAUGCCUUCGCCCCGUCUCCUGGCAUUGGAGGGGAUGCUCAUUUUGAUGAUGAUGAGACCUUCACCUUCCGUUCCAACGCAGGCUACGUCCUCUUCAUGGUAGCCGCCCAUGAAUUCGGCCACUCCCUGGGCUUGUCUCACUCUGAUGAUCCUGGUGCCCUCAUGUACCCUACAUACACAUACAGAAACCCUGACACCUUCGUUCUGCCCCGUGAUGAUGUCAAAGGCAUCCAGUCUCUCUACGGUCCAAAUCCUGAAAAGGAUCCUUCUGUAUCUGAACCUACUGCCCCAGCCACCCCUGACGCCUGUGAUUCUACUAUGGUAUUGGAUGCUGUCACCACCCUGCGAGGAGAGAUGUUCUUCUUCAAAGACAGCUUCUUUUGGCGUAGCUACCCACAAAGCAGGACACCUCAGCAGAGCCUCAUCACAAACUUCUGGCCCAGUGCCCCCGUCAACAUCGACGCUGCUUAUGAGAGCCGGCAGUCAGACAGAAUCUUUUUAUUUAAAGGUCGCAAAGUGUGGGCCUUUAGUGGCUAUAAUCCAGUGCGGGGCUAUCCCAAAAGACUUACCAGUAUCGGUCUGCCAAGACGGGUGAAGAAAAUCGAUGCCGCCCUCUAUGACGUACAAUCUGGCAAAACUCUGUUCUUUUCAGGGCAAUAUUACUACAGUUAUGAUGAGGUCAGGAAGUCUAUGGACCAAGGAUUCCCCAAACGUGUUGAUCAGACCUUCUCUGGAGUGAGAAAGGUGACUGGAGCUUUCCAGUACAGAGGUUUCACAUACAUCUACAGUGGACCCUACAUGUUUGAGUAUGACCUGAGGACUGGGAGGUUGUACCGUGUAUUGAGGAACAGCUACUUCUUGCGCUCAGAGACGGAGAAUAAAGAAGAGAAGAAAGGAGUCAUGGAGGGUGCAUUGGCUGUUAAAACAGUGAUGGUAGUGGUGGCUGUAGCCCUCUGCGGAGCAGUGCCCACAACUUCACCCAGACCAGAAGAGCUCUCUAAAGCCCAGGAUUAUCUGUCUCAGUUUUUCUCCGAAGUGGGCGUCAGUGCACCCAACAGUGUCUGGCGCAGCUCUCUAGACUCCUUUGAAGAAACUCUGAAAAAAAUGCAGGGCUUUUACGGCCUGGAGGUGACAGGGCAGUUAGACACCAACACUAUGGACGUGAUGAAUCGCCCCCGCUGUGGCUUCACAGACGUCAGCCGAUACAGCCACUUCGACGGUGGACCAAAGUGGGAGAAGACUCUGGUCACAUACAGGAUAACUAACUACACACCGGACCUGAGUCAAGGGGAUGUGGAUGCCACCAUAGCCAAGGCUCUACAACUCUACAGCGACGUCAUUCCUCUGGAUUUCAAGCAGAUUUACAGCGGCACCGCGGACAUCAUGAUCGUUUUCAAGAGUCGAAACCAUGGAGACUUUUCUCCAUUUGAUGGGCAAAGUGGGGUGUUGGCCCAUGCAUUCUCCCCUGGAGAAGGUCAUGGAGGUGACACCCACUUUGAUGAAGAUGAAACCUGGACUCUGACCUCAGGAGGAACCAACCUGUUCUUGGUAGCAGCCCAUGAGUUUGGCCAUGCACUUGGACUGGCUCACUCUCAGAUCCAGACAGCGCUGAUGUUUCCCACCUACAUUUAUGUGAACACAGAGGGGUACAAGCUGCCGGAUGACGACAUACAGGGAGUACAAGCAAUCUACGGUGAGAUGCAUGUUCAACCAGAGGCUGAACCUGAACCAAAUCCACAGCCUACUAUAAAACCUUUGCCGAGACCACAACCUAGACCCGAACCAGAUCCUGAACCCACACCAGACCGGUGCAGCAGGGACAUGAUUUUUGAUGCUGCAAUCGCCAUCCAGAGAAACCUUUACUUCUUUAAAGAUGGACAUUUCUGGAAGAGGAGCAGCUCCUGGGAUGGCAUCACUAGGAAGAGUAUUCAGUCUACCUGGCCCGGAAUCAGUCAAGUUGAUGCCGCUUAUGAGUAUAAAAAGACUGUCAUUUUCUUUGAAGGGGAUCAUUACUGGGGGAUCAGGGGAAACACUGUCCUACCUGGUUAUCCCAAACCUCUCAGAGACUUACGCAUCCCUGUCUAUAUCAACAAAGUCGAUGCUGCUGUCCACGUGGAAUUUACAGGCAGAACCCUCUUCUUUGUGAGGAACAAAUACUGGAGCUACAAUGAAAGAAGGCGCAAAAUGGAUCGGGGAUACCCCAAACUCAUAAAGACAGAGAUCCCUGGGAUUGGCAAUCGAGUGGAUGCUGUUUUUGAGAACAGAGGUUACCUGUACUUUUCAAGUGGAUCCAGACAGACAGAGUACGACUACCUACGAAGAAGAGUGAUCCGCACCUUAUCAAACAACGCAUGGAUGGAUUGUGACUAA